UGUGUUCGUGCCUGUUUCCAUCGAUUAGCUCAAAUGUUUCUUGAAGUUUUUAGCAAUGGCGAUUUGGAAAGUCCACAUUUUGCUUUUAUUGAUUAUAUGGAAAGAACUUGGGUUGGAAGAGAGUUAAUGCCUCCAAGAUAUCCGCCAACAAUUUGGAAUAAUAAAGAUAUAACAAUUGAACAGAUGCCCAAAUCUUCAAAUUCUGUUGAAUCUUGGCAUAAUACUUUUGCUGGAAUAUUUAAUAGACACUCUUCAAAUCCUUAUAAUCUUGUUAGGGCACUUUUGGAUAAACAGGCUCGUGUUGAUACAAUAGCUGUUCGUAUAUCAUCUGGUGCUGUAGUUCAAAUGUUUAGUCGACCUGAAUAUCGACGGGAUAAUCAAAAUUUAUUGAAUGUUUUAAGAGGUGUUGGGGGGCCUAGAGAUCCUAUUGAAUUUUUGACGGCUUGUUCGAAUUUUAUUAAUUUUUAA